UAUAUUGCCAAAAGUAUUGGGACACCCCUCCAAAUCAUUGGAUUCAGGUGUUCCAAUCACCUCCAGAGCCACAGGCAUGCAGACUGCUUUACAAACAUUUGUGAAAGAAUGGUUCGCUCUCAGGAGCUCAGUGAAUGCAAGUGUGGUACCGUGAUAGGUUGUCACCUGUGCAAUAAGUCCAUCCGUGACAUUUCCUGGCUACUAAAUAUUCCACAGUCACCUGUUAAUGGGAUUAUAAACAAAGUGGAAGCAACUGGGAACAACAGAAACUCAGCCACCAAGUGGUAGGCCACGUCACAUGACAGAGCGGGGUCAGCGCAUGCUGAAGCGUACAGUGUGAAAAAGUCACCAACUGUCUGCAGAGUCAAUAG